GUUUGAAAUAGGACACCGCUGGUCAUUUAACGUUCUCGUACGCCGCGGAGGGAUACUCUUUUGGAACCGACAAUGUGGAGGCUGUUAAAAUGUCUACUCUGAAGAUGAAAUGGUUACAAUUGUAGCAACUAAAAGAAUCGCAUGAGAUAUCACACGAGUUAUGAUUCUAUUUUGAAACAUUGUUUCAUUUUCGUGAAGUGAAUUGUAUAGAAUUGGUAGAACACACGAUAUCGUCGUUCGGUCUUCGUCUACAGUCCGGAGCACGGAGAGGGAAUCUAUCCCCAACUUUAUGUUUUUCUAUCUACUCCAAGCGUUCAUUUUUUCCUGUUGGAUGCCACAUAAUUGAAUAGAGGUUACUGAAAGGUAAAUAUACCUCAUCACACGCAGUACAUUUGUGAAUGAAAUUAUGAUUUUGCCCGGCAUAUGUUUUGCAGGGGCAUUGUGCAACUUUAGAAAAUAAUUUUGAGUUGUGUGAGUAGCACGGCCGGAGAAAGUGGGGUCUUGAGUUUUUGUCCUGCCUGGGCAAUGGGAGUGAGCGUGCAGCAGUUGGGCAGUACUUGCAGCCUUGUGGGAAAAUACUUCUUUGUUCACUUUGGGCAACAUUGUCAAGUUUAAAAGUAACCUAACAUGCCCGUUCGAAAGGCUAAAUUCUCGCAGUGAUAUUACUGCCAUGUCUGUAUUAAUAUUAGAUUGAAUAACAAACCAAAAUUUGUUUUAAAAGGUUCAAAACUUUUGUUAAAUAUUUAGAGGAAAACUUCGUGGUGCAGAGGAAAGUUGCGCCCAGAAAGACACGCAUGUCUCAGGUUUAUGGGUCAAAUAGGUUGUUUGAUGUUUGUUGUACGUCUUAUGUGUAUUAUGAAAUAAAUGUUAAAAUUUCUCUCAAUUCCCAGUUAUAUGCUGAACAUUUUCCACUGUUUAUUUCGCAUUUGGCAGGAAAUCCCCCCCCCCCCCCCCCCACUCCCCCCCGGCUUUGAACCCCUUGAACAUAUAUAUGUAUAUAUGUGUGUAUAUUUACAUAUAUAUUUACAUGUGUAAAUUCUUUAAGCACGGUUCUGAAAUUGUUACGGCGUUUUUUCAUCAUAGGCCGUAGAAUUUCAUACCCAAGGAGAGCGACGCUUAACGUUACUCCUUUGUUCUAGCCUUCAUCACAAACUUUGCCAGGGCCUGACUCUUUGUUAUUAAGUGUAUUCGAAAGCUACUUAACAACAGGUUUCUCACCCAUCUAAAAAGUACGAAUUGAACAAUAAUUUGACGCAAUAGUCUGUGUUGACAUAACGCGUUCGUUGUUGUUAUGGUAAAACCUGCACUCUGGGGAGUCCUUCACAAUCCGCAAAAACUAUUUACAUUCUCCGAAGGAGAGGGCCGGAAGAUUUGGGGGGGGGGGGGGGGGGGGUUGUGUAUGGAACUUCGAUUUCAGGGAGGAAGCAGGGUAUCUUUUUGGGAAUGGGACAUCCAGAGAAAUGUCAGGCAACUAUUGAAAGUCUGCUGCAACUUCACUUUCGGAACCAACCAACAAGAACAUAAUACAUUCAUCUUCAAUAGAAAUGCAUGCUUCAGUGUGCUCCAUAUACUAUAGUCAUGUCCCUUUAAAAACGUAAUGAUUGUUAUUCUAAGGGUCAGAUCGAUAUUUACUGGAUUACUGGAGGGGAGGGGCUGGCCCAACUCAAGGUGUCAUAAAAUAAUGCACCCCCCCCCCAACGUUACAAAUGCACCCCCCCAUAGAAUUAACCCAAAAUAAUGUUUACAGCCACAAAUAACAAUAAUUAGUGACCCUGUGUUUAUAAAUGUGUAUAUCGACAGUCACUUCAGCAUGCUUUUGUGGCGCAGUCGAUGCCACGCAGGGCUACGGGCCAGAAGGUUGGGGGUUUGGCGACCACCGUAGACGAGCUCACUCUCCCUCCCUGUUUCAUUACAAUACGAUCAGAGCCGGCUGCAGACAAUGAUCAGCUAGGGGGAAAUCAGAUGUUCAAUAUUUUGAUGACAUAUUUCUAAUUAUAUAAAAUAUAUGCAACUUAUUUUCCACCCACAGGUUUCUGUGCCAAUGCACCACACAACCAAAAACAAAGCAUAUCGACUUCGGGCACUUCAAUAUCAUGGUUUGCGUUUUCAACAUCACAAUAAAUAGAUUGUCAAUCUCGACAAACAGAAAAUACACCCCUCCCUGCUUUGUAGGCUUACCCAGUAUCGAAGGCUUGGCUUGACAAUCUCUGAAUGUCGUUAAACUUUUUGGUGUUUUGUAACAGAUGUCUCUUUCCAUUCAUCAAUUGGCCACUGCACAGUUUGGAUUGAUUGAUUUUUAUUCAAGUGACCGGAAUUGCACAAUAAAGUUGGAUUUAUUUCCAUUGUGGUCCCUAUUUUUUUUUUUUACAUGAAUACAAUGACAGACACAUUACAGAGAUGGAUGAAAAAAUGCUCAACCUCCAGAUGAGGGGGGAGUUUAAGUCCAAUUCUUCCAAGCUUGUUUGGCUGGUAGCUUAUUCUGUUUGGGGCUGCUGUUAUACCAUGAUGUGCAGGCAUAAUCUAAGUGACACUGGACUAGCGCACUAGCAAGGUUUCCAUCCAAUUGGCGACAGAUUUUCAUGCAAAUAUUCUAAAUUCUUCAUAAAAACAAUGUGCCAUUUCAGAAAAUUUGGCGCCGGACAACAUGACGGAAGAUUUUAAUUUCCCAGACAUUUGAGAAAUUUACCGGACAUCCAUGUGCAUUCAGAUCUGACCUGGCACAGCCAGCGCCAUCAAGAAAUGAGGGAUAUUAGCCAAAUGAGCCACAUUUAUGUGUCCUUAACAGCCUGUAACAAAUUACAAAAAACACAAUUCCUUGUCUUUUGCUGUGUAGCAUAUGUAGAAGUUUAUAGCCUUUUUUUUUGGGAGGGGGGGGGGGGGUGGGCGGGGGGCUACGUUCCUAAAACAAUAAUUGUCCUCCUCACGGUUCAGCUGUCAGAUUUGAGCACUAAAUGUAGUGGUGGAGUAGGGGCCUGAGGGCACACAGUGUGUUGUGAAUGUAUUGUAAUGUUUUAAAUUGUAUUACUGCCUUAAUUUUGCUGGACCCCAGGAAGAGUAGUGGGGAUACAUAAUAAAUCCAAACGCCAUCACCAACAACACUGUUCAGCACACAUUGGUCACUCACUCUUGCUCUAUUGAUAUGUCUGAAAUCUAUCAAUCCAUUCACACAAAACCAGAACCCGGUGCAUGUCGAUGCCUGAGCUGUUCAUAACUUCAAUGAUGGUGUAGGUUGAUUAUGGAACACAUAGAUUUGGUAGCUUAAACCUUAAGUUACUACAGGGUGAAUCCUCACGAAACCAGGACAAAAAAAGAGCAGGAUUUGUAUAUCAUGACAUUUAAUCCAUAUAAUGGUAUUUUGGAGAAAGGAUUGUUGACAUAUAUUUGACAUUUGUAUCUAAAAGCAUAAUUGAGAAAUAAUAAAUUAAGUUGGCAUAUUUAUUUUCCUGUGACCCAGCAUUUGUGUGUGUUUGGGGUGAAAAAAACAUGUUACAAAUAUAAAACAUGUUAUUGUAUGUGCACUGUAGUAGCCAUUAUGACUCUGUUGAUAGUAAAUGCUCUAACAUAGUUAGCGCAUCCUGAUGGCCACUACAGAGGACAUGUAUUAACAAGCUCUUAUUUAAUGUGGGAAAAAUGAUUACACUCCUCUGAAAACUCACAACUUUUCCUGAGAAAUUUACCUAUUAGAAACAAUUUGAAUAUAAUUACACAAUUAUAGACAUUUACAUAAUGUGCCAGUUGUGAUGGUAGCCAUUUUGAAGAACCAGAUUUAUUUUAUUUUUAUCAGGGUGACACCCCCUCACGUGAUAUUGUAGUCCUCUGUAGCUCAGUGGGAAGAGCAUGAUGUUUGCAACGCCACAAUAGUGGGUUAGAUCCAGAGGCUACGUAAAAAUGCACGCAUGACUAAGUCUCUUUGGAUAAAAGCGUCUGCUAAAUGGCAUUUAUUAUUAUAUUAAAAAGCCAGAAUAUCCUCUCAAAGGUACAACAGGACCUAACGUAGUGGCAUGUAUAGCAUUAGAGAUAUGGACCAAAAUGAAUGUCCAUAAGAGAGGACACAAAUUAAUUACAGGGUCUCAGGAGGUUAUUACAUGUUGGCCUUACCCAGGCCUCCUUUAAGACUCCAUCAUGUUUCAUGUGUAAGUGCUACAAGGCACGAAUUGGUGUCAUAUGAAGUUUUGCUCCGCUUGCUUUGAAAUAUGAGUUGUAUUUUGAUUUCAAAACAUUUCUUACAUCAAUUUAUGAAUAUGGACAAAUAUAUAUAUAUAAAAAACAUUAUUUGGUAGAUUGUUCAAUAUAUUGUUGAACAUAACAUACUCUACUACAGGCAUAUCAAAGUCCCAGAGUGGGAUCUCUGCUAGUUUUAAAGUAACUGCCCAUUUUAUACAGAGACAUUGGCAUAGUUGGCAAUGUAACCAAUCACAACCCUCCUUUUACUUGCAUCCUGCAAAUCACCAGCAGGGUAACCAUUUUGAAUACAUUUUCACAUUCACUCUGUUGGUAAUGCUUACAAAUUGGAUCAUAAUGCUAAAAGUAGCAGAUCCCACUCUGGGACUUUGAUAUGCCCGUAGAGUAUAUUAUGUUCAACAAUAUAUUACAACAUUUGCCAAAUCAAAAAUGGGGUGUUUUCAAUAUUCAUGUUUAUAUUUUUCAAAAUUCAUAAAUUAAUGUAAGAACAUUGUUAUUGAAAUCAAAAUACAACACAUAUUACAGAGCAAGCGGUAAAGCUUCAUAUGAUGUCAAUGUUUGCUUUGUACAACUUGCAGAUAAAGGAGGCCUGGGUAAGGCCACAAUGUCAUAAAUAUGCCAACCGAUUUAAUUAUUUCUCAAUUAUGCUAUUACAUACAAAUGUUAAAAAAUAUGUCAAUCUUUGGAUUAAAUACCAGUUCAGAAAAUCCCCAAAAUCAUAUUUUUAUGUUUUUGUGAGUAAUCUCUACAUUGAUGUCUUGCCACAUUUACCCUGGAAACUCUGAAGUUUAUGAGAAAGGUACUUGAGACCUGAGUUGUGUUCAUCAGGUGCAAACAGGAAAAGGUUGUGAAACAGAAAAUAACUAGGUUUGUUUUUUAUAAGUAUCGAGGGUUACUGAUGAUAAUGAUGAGACAUUUCAUACCGUAUGUAAUAGCCUUUGAUGCUGUGGCUUGUUGGUGAGAAAUUAUCUUCCAACAGGUUGGUUUCUGAGGUUGCCGAGGCAGCCAGCAGGGAGGACAAAGGCGAGUAUUGGCCUUGUGGUGUAACCAGAGGUUAUACUCCAGUUAGCGUGGCUGGUAUGGUCCCCUGUAGCUCAGUUGGUAGAGCAUGGCGCUUGCAACGCCAGGGUUGUGGGUUCGAUUCCCACGGGGGGCCAGUAUGAAAACGUAUGCAAUCACUAACUGUAAGUCGCUCUGGAUAAGACCGUCUGCUAAAUGACUAAAAUGUAAUGUAAAUGGUAUGGGCUAGGACAGGGAAAGCCCAGAAUUCAUGUAACAAUCGAUUUCUGAUAAAGGCUCUCAAUCUGUAUUACCCAAUGAUUGAUGCAAUACUGUAGUAGUUCAUCCCAGAGUGUAAGUUUGUCAGUGGUUUCUGUACCUCAAAAGUGAUUCCACGCCACCUGUUUUAUAGAUUAAGCAAUGUAGCACAAAUCUGCAGGCCACAAUCUUAAAUGAAUGGGAAAUAUUUGCACCAUCUAAUUCAGUAACGGGAGGAAAACUGGUAACAGUGAAAUAACUAGCAGGCUAUAUAGCUAUGUGGGAGAACCACAUAGCUAUCUUAAGAUUAAUGCACUAACUGUAAGUCGCUCUGGAUAAGAGCGUCUGCUAAAUGACUAAAAUGUAAAUGCUGUAUUUGUGCCAUGCUAUCCCCUUUAUGACCUUUGAAGGAUGUGUGUAAGUGGUGAUUUGUGUGUUACAUCACGAUGACUCAAUGCAGAUUAUAUUUACAUCAUGACGUAAUGAGAUUCUAUGCAUUUAAUGUGGCCGACUCGGUAUCAAACCGACCGGAUACACCUUCGCAUAAAGACAGUUUUAGCCCACUGAGCUAAAGCCUAUUCAUGGGAGCCCCUUGUUUGCUCAGGGAGCAAGCUUGAGUCUUCAGGUCUCAGACAAGGUCUCUUAUCACGAGGAACACUUCCUACAUGCGCUGCCAAAUGUACAGUGAUGUUCUGCCAAGGGAUAUUGUAAUGUGGUGUAUCCAUUCCAAAUAGAGGUCUAACCAAACCACACAGUAAAAAAGGAGUUGCAAUCAAGUAUGUUGUUAGUAUAGAGAAAUAUUGUUGUCUGAAUAAGCAAUUUUUUUUGGUGGAUUUGAAUCAUGAAGCAGAAAAUGCACCAUUUACACGUGAAUCAAUCGAGUAGGAUUUGACUUCAUGCUUUUGUCACACUGAUUCUCUUGUCUUCUGUCUAUUUCAACUAUUUGUACCUUUAAUCCAGACAUUGCCAAUUUGACUGUUAUCCCACAAAAUAACAGUCCUCUCCGCUCUCCCUAGUCAGUUGCUGAGACUGUGAGGGCCUAAGGAACAGCAGCAGAGAAUGGCUACAGUGGGGACAGACAAGGAGCUUAGCGACCUGCUGGAUUUCAGCGCGGUAAGACAUCUUGGCUGUCAACAGCCCUACAACAUCUUUGAAUAUGUUUGACCAUAAUGCUAGACUAUCUUUGUUCAGAACACUUCCUUCAAGAAGGUAAUAGGUUGUUUGUAGUCAAAUACACAUAAUCUCUCUUAUAAAGGGAUGGACGGCAAAAACUGAAUUGCUUCAACCUAUGCUUUUUAUUGUAUAAACAAUAGUGUUUCUCUACAAACACAUCAAGAUAGACAUGCCAAAGAUCCGUUUGAAUCAAAAUGUUGUUUUGUUACUAUAACAAAGGAAAGUGGUUGAGCACUUGAGUGCAUGGGCUUUGUUGUAUUAUUUGAGAUAAUGGAUUGGUACAUAAACUGAAGAAUAGCACGGUAUCAAUCAGUCUGUUGCCAUCGGGCAGUUGUUGUGAGUCACUCGCAUCAAUGAGUCAGCCCAAGCUUGGCAUGUUUAGAUUGCUUCCCACAGUUGACAGCUGCUGGAGUCUGUUGUAACUGAGAAUGACUAAAUAGGUUAAAUUGGCGCCUAGCACCAAACAAUGUAACACCACAGAGGUGUAAUAUAACAGUUAAUGUACUUUGUCUAUUAAGAGAGCAGCUUGGGUUCCUGUAGUCUAGUGAAGAUGAUGACUAAUGAUGAAGUGUUUUGCCACAGGGCAGACAUUUCCCAAAACUUAGACAGCGAAAGGAGACUUGUGCUAGUUUUUUAAAAGACUUCAGGACAGUUUGAAUGUUUUUGACCCUGUCUGUCUCCGUUUCAGAUGUUUGCACCGCCGGUGUUGAAUGGGAAGAACAGGCCCACCACUCUAGCCAGCAGCCAGUUCGGAGGCACCGGUAAGACCAGCCCUUUGGUUUUAAUACAAAAAAUAAAGUCAAUGUCCACUGACAGUUUGCGGCUCCCAAUUUUUAUAAAGCCUAAGGAUGGUACAAGCAUUUAAUAAUUUCAGUCAAGAUGGUCUUCGAGUGACCUUGGUGAUGGUACAACAGCGUUAUUAGCGACAUGUUCUUCAUAUGUGACCAAUAUGAUCUGAAUUGGUCGACGUCCACCUUUCCUCUACUUAUGAGCUGAAGCUGCUCCAGUUGUUGCUUGGCGAUGGUCCCCUAUAUAUCUCUUAACCCUCUAAGCCUGGUGGGGGGUUCAACUAAGAUAACAUAUGGAAUUGUUUUAAGAUGGUCAUACAAAGGAUCAUUUAGCUUUUUGAUUUUGAAUUUUAGGACCCCUUUAGGUAUCAAUUAUUUGAUGAAACAUUGAAUUUGGCCUUACUGCUGUUAGCCUAUAGAAACACAUUGAAUAACAGAUUCAUACAAGGAAAAAUAGUUUUAAAAAAAUUAAUCAAAAGGAAGGUUGUUUUGAAGUGUCUCCUAUAUCUGAGAGAGAUGAGAAAGAACAGGAAACUAUACUUUUUUAACCCCUUUAUUUAUUUUUUGGCACCAAACUACUUCCAUAUAUACUUCCAUUCAUUUUUAAAACUGGUACCGGGCUAUGUUCAGGUGAGGCUUGUGGGCGUUCUAGAGCAAAACAACCAACAUGUUUGUGAGAGACUCACCUUUCCAUAGAGGGGUCAGAAUAGUCUGUUGGCCAAAUGUAUUUAUUUUUUUGGUUAUUGAAAUACACUAAUCGACUGAGGGACCUUACAGAUAAUUGUAUGUGUGGGGUACAGAGAUGGGGUAGUCAUUCAAAAAUCAUGUUAAACACCAUUGUACACUGUGAGUCCAUGCAGUUAUUGUGACUUGUUAAGCAAAUGAUUACUCCUGAAUUUAUUUAGGAGGGUAUUAUGUGUAGAUCAGUCACACAAUCUCAAUUUAAUACAUGUUAUAUUCAGGCUGUCACACAACAAGAUGUUGAACAUUUUCUGAAGGUGCUGUUCGUGAGAGUCUCACCUUUCCAUAAAGGGGUCAUAAUAGUUUUUAGGCCAAACCGUUCGGACGCUACAGACGUUUUUGUGAGCAGACCGAUUUUAGGGAUGUCUCGUGGUCUGACAAACACCGCUGUAGCUCUUCCACCUUUCACCGCAGAUGCGGAAGGCCGAUAUCGGCGUAUUUGGUGGUUUGAGAAUCAGCCCAUGCAACAACAACAAAAACGCAUAUCUAUCUUAAACACACAUUUUUAUGGGGAUAUUUUAUUAUUAUUAAAUUUCCGUGGGGCUGCGGAAAUUGAUUUGAGGGUUAUUAAAGGAACAGCAUUACAGCGAUGGGCUAUUACAACCCUAACAACACUUCUUCUUCCUAGAACCCUCUCACUGUCCCACCUCUGACCCCUCCAUCCCCCCUACUGCCCCCGUUGGGCGUGCUGUCUGUGGAGUCCACUCCCAGUAGCUGUAUCAAUUCUCCAAAUACGCUAAAAUGGCAUGCUGUCCUUCAUUACCAUUGAGAGUUCAAAGGAUUGGAUAGUAUUCCACCAUAUUGCUUCCACCUGUCUUGUCCUGCUAGAUCAUUGAUCAUAAAGGAAAGUUCAUGAGGGAAAGAAGCUAGUUAAAAAGGAGACUGAACCAGUCCCCCCCCCCCUUCCCCCUCCAGGUGUCCCCUCCCUCUCCAUCAUGCUCUACUGAGGGUGUAAAGACCGGAGGGGUGAUGGGAAAUGACCCUAUUCAAAUCAAAUAGUAUUUGUCCCAUGCGCCGAAUACAACAGGUGUAGACCUUACAGUGAAAUGCUUACUUACAAGCCCUUAACCAACAAUGCAGUUUUAAGAAAAAUAAGUGUUAAGUAAAAAAAUAAAAAAAUAAAAUUAUUUAAAGAGCAGCAGUAAAAUAACAUAACAGUAGCGAGGCUAUAUACAGGGGGUACCGGUACAGAGUCAAUGUGCGGGGGUACAGGUUAGUCGAGGUAAUUGAGGUAAUAUGUACAUGUGGGUAGAGGUAAAGUGACUAUGCAUAGAUAAUAAACAGAGUAGCAGCAGCGUAAAAAGAGGGGGUGGGGGGACAAUGCAAAUAGUCCGGGUAGCCAUUUGAUUAGCUAUCCAACCCCCCACCUCUCACCCUGUGGAAGAAAAACUAUUUCCGCUAUUCUUUGCUCCUCCUCACCCCCAACUAACCAACCACCAUCCCUCGAUAGGCCAACUAACUAACCAACCACCCUCUCUUGAUAGGCCCCAUCUCCUCUUGUUGACAACCAUCCAAGAUGAACACAAUAACCAUGCUCCACAUCCAACUAACGUCCUCUCUGUCUCGGCCUCAAACCACCUUCCUUAAACCCCCCCCCCCCCCCCCCCCCCCCCCCCCCCAAUCAUACAUUUACAUUUUAGUCAUUUAGCAGACGCUCUUAUCCAGAGCGACUUACAGUUAGUGAGUGCAUACAUUUUUAUUUUUUAUACUGGAAUCGAACCCACAACCCUGGCGUUGCAAAUGCCAUGCUCUACCAACUGAGCUACAUCCCUGCCGGCCAUUCCCUCCCCUACCCUGGACGACGCUGUGGAGAGAAUAAGUGCUGCCAAUUGUGCGCCGCCCCAUGGGUCUCCCGGUCGCGGCCGGCUACGACAGAGCCUGGAUUGGAACCAGGAUCUCUAGUGGCACAGCUAGCACUGCGAUGCAGUGCCUUAGACCACUGCCCUCAUCCUCUCUUCUCCACCACCUUCAUUCGCCCUCCUCCUACCUCUGAUCCGUUGCUGUAGGUAUUUUCAGCUCGGAGCUGAAAAGAAACAGGAUAUUGAAGUAGCAGAAAUAAGAGGAAAAGGACGGGCAGGGUUGAGGCCAGGGACCCAAACUACAGCUUGAGGGCCACUUAGAUCUUCUGUAGCGACAAAAGGUACAUGUUUACAAAAGGAGGUCGUUACUGUUCUCAAUCCAACUGCUGCUCCUGGCAUUGUUUUGCAGCCCUCAGCCCAGGUCUCCACAAUGCUCAUUAGAGGCCCAGACAAAGGGUAUUGGCCGCUGAUCGAGAACUGGAUAGGCAGGCAACAUAUGUGGCCCAGUGUAUGAUUUCACUCAGGAACCCCUCCACCCAUCUUCUCACAAUGAGGAUGAGGAGGCUUUCUGAGGGAAGGUUCUGGAUCUCUCUGCCAUACCUUCUCCUUGGUACCAUUGGUUAGUAUCUUCUCUGCCUUGCCUUUUUAUAUAGAUUUGAUUUAGAUUAGCUGUUUUCUCUGAUGCUCAGGCUCAUCCCUGUCAGGUGUAAAAUGGCUGCCAUAUAUUGUCAAGGACUCAUGGAUUAGGAUGAAUUUACCCUGACCCUGGAUACUGGUCUAAGGUCAGUUUUGUGGGAGGGGUAAGCUGAUCAUUGAUCUGUGUCAAGGACAUACUUCUCCCUGUAGGAACUGUUGUCAUGCAUCACUGGUUCUCUCUGACAUUAGGUGGGUAUGUGCGAUUCCCUUGAGGUGCCACCUAACUUCCAACCAAGUUUCAUUUACUGACAACCAGAAACUGAGAAUCUGAGCUGGUAUUUUUAAACCCUGGCUUCGGCUAAAUGCAGAAGAGGAGAGUACGUGUUUUGCAAUAACUUUCUGUUCUUUAGGAACUUUCCUUAAUGUGAAUGGAAAUGGAAUUGGUCAUUUAGUAACUUGAUCAGAUUUGCGUAUGAAUUGGAUUCCUUGUGUGGUUUAGAGGCAUACUCUGUCAGACUGAUCAAACCACAGAGCUUUAAACAUAACAUACAUCGUCCAGAAUAUAAAGAGGCAUUCCAGUUGCGUUGAGCCCACUACUAAGGUCAGCAUUUUAUGAAGGAUUUAGCUUAAUGCUUGUAGCUUCUAACUUCAAUGAUUCAAAAAUAAUUAAAUAUGAAAACUACCAUGCCUAAUCAUGUUGAAGUUUGUAAUGUCAAAUUGGUGUUUAAUAUUGUCCUCUUGGCAUCGUAACACCGGCUCUUAUGAAUAAUUUCAGACGCAUCACACACAAGAUACUGUUGCAUUUCCAUUCUAGACAUUCCUUAAAUCACAAUCACAGUCCUUAAUACUUAUUAGUCAUUAUGCAUUGUGUCUGGGUGACUCACAUUUCUGUCAUACAUGAGAAGGAAGAAAGUGUAGACAGAUAGUACACCAAUAAGUGUGUACAUGUACAGUACCAGUCAAAAGAUUGGACACACCUACUCAUUCAAGGGUUUUACUUUAUUUUUACUAUUUUCUACAUUGUAGAAUAAUAGUGAAGACAUCAAAGGUAUGAAAUAACACAUGUAAUCAUGUAGUAACCAAAAAAGUGUUAAACAAAUCAAAAUAUAUUUUAGAUUCUUCAAAGUAGCCACCCUUUGCCUUGAUGACUGCUUGGCACACUGGCAUUCUCUCAACCGGUUUCAUGAGGAAUGCUUUUCCAACAGUCUUGAAGGAGUUCCCACAUAUGCUGAGCACUUGUUGGCUGCUUUUCCUUCACUCUGCGGUCCAACUCAUCCCAAACCAUCUCAAUUGGGUUGAGGUUAGGUGAUUGUGGAGGCCAGGUCAUCUAAUGCAGCACUCCAUCACUCUCCUUGGUCAAAUAGCCCUUACACAGCCUAGAGGUGUGUUUUGGGUCAUUGUCAUUUUGAAAAACAAAUGAUAGUCCCACUAAGCGCAAACCAGAUGGGAUGGCGUAUCGCUGCAGAAUGCUGUGGUAGCCAUGCUGGUUAAGGUUGCCUUGAAUUCUAAAUAAAUCAACAACAGUGUCACCAGCAAAGCACCAUCACACCACCUCCUCCAUGCUUCACGGUGGGAACCACACGUGGAGAUCAUCCGUUCACCUACUCUGCGUCUCACAAAGACAAGGCGGUUGGAACCACAAAUCUCAAAUUUGGACUCGUCAGACCAAAGGACAGAUUUCCACCGGUCUAAUGUCAAUUGCUUGUGUUUCUUGUCCCAAGCAAGUCUCUUCUUUUGUUGGUGUCCUUUAGUAGUGGUUUCUUUGCAGCAAUUCGACCAUGAAGGCCUGAUUCACGCAGUCUCCUCUGAACAGUUGAUGUUGAAAUGUGUCUGUUACUUGAACUCUGUGAAGCAUUUAUUUGGGCUGCAAUGUCUGCGGCUGGUAACUCUAAUGAACUUAUCCUCUACAGCAGAGGUAACUCUGGGUCUUCCUUUCCUGUGGCGGUCCUCAUGAGAGCCAGUUUCAUCAUAGCGCUUGAUGGUUUUUGCGACUGCACUUGAUGAAACUUUAAAAGUUCUUGAAAUGUUCCGCAUUGACUGACCUUCAUGUCUUAAAGUAAUGAUGGACUGUCAUUUCUCUUUGCUUAUUUGAGCUGUUCUUGCCAUAAUAUGGACUUCGUCUUUUACCAAAUAGGGCUCUCUUCUGUAUACCACCCCUACCUUGUCACAACAGAACUGAUUGGCUCAAACGCAUUAAGAAGGAAAUAAAUUCCACAAAUUAGCUUUUAAGAAGGCACACCUGUUAAUUGAAAUGCAUUCCUGGUGACUACCUCAUGAAGCUGGUUGAGAGAUUGCCAAAAGUGUGCAAAGCUGUCAUCAAGGCAAAGGGUGGCUACUUUGAAGAAUCUCAAAUAUAUUUUUAUUUGUUUUAACACUUUUUUUGGUUACUACAAGAUUCCAUAUGUGUUAUGUCAUAGUUUUGAUGUAUUCACUAUUAUUUUACAAUGUAGAAAAUAGUACAAAUAAAGAAAAACCCUUGAAUGAGUAGGUGUGUCCAAACUUUUGACUGGUAGUGUAUGUGCCUCCCUGUGUUUUAGUCCUGUAGCCUCAUAGCCAGUUACCAAGACUGACUGCUCGUUUCCAGUAUCUCUUCCUGUGUUAAUUAUAGACCAGCCUCUUAAAGGGGAGGCGAGGCCCGGGUUUAAAGGGAAGGCUCGCUAGUGAAUGUGUCUGGCCUGACUCAACCCUCUCGCUCUCUGAGCUAAAGUGCUGAGACAUUCACUGACGUACGCACGCAUGCACACAGAAGUUUCCCCGCGGGCAAACUCCAUAAAAGCGGUUAAGGUGUAAGGUCCUUGCCUCGUUUUUUAGGGUUGUUGUCGUCAGCAAUGGCUUUGUAACAUAGUAGACAAACUACUGUCAAGAUUCUUGGUUUAUUUUUCAUACUUUAAAUGAGUGCAUAGAAUUAGAAUGUGGAGUUCAGUACUGGGUCCUACCUAUUCUAUUUCUAUGGUUGUGUGAAACCAGGGUUUUGUAGACAGGAGCUCCGUUGUUUUCUCUGUUGUAGUAGUGUCUUAUAUCAGGCUGUCAUGGUAACGGCUUGUAGGAGGAAGCCAUUUGAAGUUUGAGCAAUACAAAGGAGUCUACGUAGACGAGUCUCACUUAUUCUCUCCAUCUACUAAUCAGCAGAUCUGUUAAUUAGAAGGAAAAUUUGGAAUAAAAAAAUGUGAAAUCGUAAUGAAUAUGCAUGAAAGCUAUUUUGAUGUUUUACUUCAGUUUCUCACUUCCCCUCUUAAUGGGAGUCAUUUGUGUGCUGUGAAACUAUCUUCAUAUUUGUAUCUCCUUGGUUCAAAUAAACUUUCCCUCCAUACCUUUUCAAUACAGUCCAAAUCCCUGGACCAACCAUAAAAAAUACCUUGCAAUAAGAGUUGUGAUGCUACUUACUACUUACCCCAGAAUGUCUAGGAGAGCACUUCCUUCAAUGCAUUCCAAAUCCCCCCCCCCUUAAUCCCUGUCCACCCUUCCCUCCCCAGUGGAUCCAUGAAUAGCCAGGGGUUCUGGCUACCUGCAGAGCUCUCCAUUAUCCCCAGGCCUUUGUGGAUCUCAAUGGUGUCAGUUCAGAUCUGUAUCUCCCCUCCUUUGCACCUGUCAGUCUUCCUAAAGAGCAGUAACGGAUACCCACCGUGUUCAUUUCCUACCCCAGCGGCUAUGCAAAGUCUUCCACAUUCUUCAGAUGACUCCAUUUUAGGCGCCCAUUCAUAGUGUUGACUUGAGGAGAAUGUGGUGUGUGGCUUGUGAAGCAGGCAUCUGAGGUCCCGCCUGGUUUAGCAGGAGGAGACCAGACUAAGACGUCCUCAUAAUGUUAGUCUUGGCAGCCCUCGACAGGGUUAUGGAGAUGGUUAACCCACAACCUCAUGUUUAACGCAUCUUGUGGAUAUCUAGACUGUGGGCUGUAGAAGUAGUCAAAUGUGGUUUUAGGCUAGCUGUUUAGCACAUGCCAAAAGUUACAAAUGCUAAGCUGUGGCAAAAUAAACAAAUAUUGAUAUUGGAUCACUGACUGAGUCCGUCGAUGACAUUCUUGGUAUUCGCAGCCCACAGUCUAGAUAUCCACAAGAUGCGUUAAACAUGAGGUUGUGUGGGUUAACCAUCUCCAUAACCCUGUCGAGGGCUGCCAAGACAAACAUGAAGACGUCUUGGUCGGGUCUCCUCCUGCUAAACCAGGUGGGACCUCAGAUGCCUGCUAAACCAGGCGGGACCUCAGAUGCCUGCUAAACCAGGUGGGACCUCAGAUGCCUGCUUCACCAGGUGGGACCUCAGAUGCCUGCUUCACAAGCCACACCACAUUCUCCUCAAGUCAACACUAUGAACAUUCGGAACACCUCCAGUGCUUCCCACAGUUGUCAAGUUGGCUGGAUGUCCUUUGGGUUGUGGACCAUUCUUGAUACACACAGGAAACUGUUGAGUGUGAAAAACCCAGCAACGUUGCUGUUCUUGACACUCCGGUGUGCUACUACCAUACCCCGUUCAAUGGCACUUAAAUAUGUUGUCUUGCCCAUUCAUCCUCUGAAUGACACACAUACACAAUCCAUGUCUCAAUUGUCUCGAAGCAUUAAAAUCCUUUAACCUGUCUCCUCCCCUUUAUCUACACACUGAUUUGAAGUGGAUUUAAUAAGUGACAUCAAUAAGGGAUCAUAGGUUUCACUUGGAUUCACCUGGUCAGUCUAUCAUGGAAAGAGCAGGUGUUCUUAAUGUUUUGUACACUCAGUGAUGAGGGGAAUCGAUAGUUGCAUAUCGGGAUAUUAUUUUUGAUCGUAUCGCUUUGACAAUGUCGCAAUAUUAUUUUUGCGCUAGUUGGCUGUACCUGCACCAAAACUCCAGUAUUUUUCCUUCAUAGCUUGUUGUCCAUCUUUUCAAAUAGGGAGCCAAUAUGUUUUCAGCACUUUUAUUUCAAUGACUGAUCAAAACCUUUAUCAUGGCUCUCUCUUGUCCCUCUACAGCAGACAUAUGGUGAGUAAUAUGUUUGGAACAUCGAAUCGCAAUAAAAUCACAGUAUCGAAUCGCAAUACAUGUAGAAUUGUGAUAAUCAUAAUGCGUAUCGUAUCGGCACCUAAGUAUCGUGAGGUCCCUGGUAAACUAUCCCUUCAGUUGGCGCCUUUGCGAUCCACUUAAGAAAUGACUAGGAGAAACACUGUCAUUUCAGCAGGGGAAAGGACUGGUCCUUACGUGUGCUGUUCUGUCUCUGCUAUGUACAUUUCCUCUGCACUACUGAUUUGACAUGGAGAGUGACAUCACGUCGAGGCAACAAGCCCCUCGUCUCCUCCAUCUGCCAUUCAGCUGGCAUCUCUCCUAUAGAUCAGUUGUCACGGUGAUGUAGCAGCUCACUCCACUCUGGACCCAUCAUUCUCCUCGAUGGCUGAUCGUCUUCUUCCUGCCCGCUCGCCUCCGCCCCUCUCAGUUUUUUAAUUAGACAACAAAACAAAAAAUAUGAAUAUUCAUAGAGCAAAACCUCAUUAAUAUGCACUAUUAUGCAAAUCAGCCCACAAUUAAGCCACAGCUUCCCCCCAGAGAUGCUGGGUAGUGGUAAGAGAGGAGGGAGGAGGGAAUUGCUGCUUCACCAAUCUUUUUAAAAUCUCUCCCUACUUUCCCCUUUGUCAAUGCUAAUCCUUUGACCAGGGACAACAUGGCUACAUGACUUGUGUCCCUUCCGUUAUUGUAUAGCCGUUAGUCUGUCGUCAUGCAAAGGGGAUGUGCGGGGAUGGGGAUAUUAGCUGCUAAUGCGUUGCCAUGGAAAAAUGUAAAGGAGUGAAGAGUGGGAGAAUGACAAAUGUUGAGGAUGAUUGUAGGAGCCUCAUACUGGGUGUUAAUUAUUCAAACUUCCUACAGCUCUUAGCCACACUAAGUGACAGUGCGGUGGCAGAGCUGUCACUGGGAGCUGAAGUAGCAGUGCUCAGCCAAAGGUUAUUUAGAACACUCCCAGACAGUUCGGAAGCGGCAGUGCCUGAUCUGGUCACCCUCCUAUGCCCUAGGUACUAGUGUGGCUCUGAAAAGAUUGGAUAGGUAUUGACGUUACGGUAAUGCAUCCACCUUGAUUGGCUAGGUGGAAUUUUCGGCGUAUUGCGCACACAUUUCCAACCCUCUCAAAUCUACAAAUGCUCCGGGGGGGGGGGGGGGGGGGGGGGGGGGGGGGGGGGGGGGGGGGGGGGGGGGGGGGGCGGACAAUGGUUUUAUUUAGAAUUGGGCAAAAGAUAAACAGUCUUUGGUCCCUUUUUUUUCUCCCUCCUUUCCUUACCUCCUUUACUUACCUCCUUUCCUAGUCCAUGUUUCUUUGAGCACUUCUCAGGUCUAACCCUGUGUGUUCUGUGUUCUAGGUAUGGAUGAGCGGAGUGGUUCUACCCCCUGGGCAUCAGGAGAACAGAACAGCCCUUCCUUCAACCAGGGACGGGUAAUGGAACACUGCACACUACAUUGUACACACUUACACUAUAUAUACAAAAGUAUGUGGACACCCCUUCAAAUUAGUGGAUUCGGCUAUUUCAGCCACACCCGUUGCUGACAGGUGUAUAAAAUCGAGCACACAGCCAUGCAAUACCCAUAGACAAACAUUGGCAGUAGAAUGGCCUUACUGAAGAGCUCAGUGACUUUCAACAUGGCACCGUCAUAGGAUGCCACCUUUCCAACAAGUCAGUUCAUCAAAUGUCUGCCCUCCUUGAGUUGCCCCAGGCAACUAUAAGUGUUGUUAUUGUGAAGUGGAAAUGUCUAGGAGCAACAACGGCUCAGCCGCGAAGUGGUAGGCCACACAAGUUCACAGAACGGGACCGCUGAGUGCUGAAGCACGUUACAACGCUCACUACCUCUGGAAGCAACUUCAGCACAAGAACUGUUUGUCGGGAGCUUCAUGAAAUGGGUUUCCAUGGCCGAGCAGCCACACACAAGCCUAAAUCGCCAUUCGCAAUGCCAAGCGUUGGCUGGAGUGGCGUAAAGCUCGCCGCCAUUGGACUCUGGAGCAUUGGAAAUGCAUUCUCUGGAGUGAUGAAUCAAGCUUAACCAUCAGGCAGUCCGAUGGACGAAUUUAGGUUUGGUGGAUGCCAGGAGGAUGCUACCUGCCCCAAUGCAUAGGUCCAUCUGUAAAGUUUGGUGGAGGAGGAAUAAUGGUCUGGGGCUGUUUUUCAUGGUUCGGGCUAGGCCCCUUAGUUCCAGUGAAGGGAGAUCUUAACGCUACAGCAUACAAUUACAUUCUAGACGAUCCUGUGCUUACAACUUUGUGGCAACAGUUUGGGGAAAGCCCUUUCCUGUUUCAGCAUGACAAUGUACUCGUGCACAAAGCAAGGUCCAUACCGAAAUUGUUUGUCGUGAUCGGUGUGGAAGAACUUGACUGGCCUGCACAGAGCCCUGACCUCAACCCCAUCAAACCCCCUUUGGGAUGAAUUGGAACGCUGACUCCGAGCCAGGCCUAAUCGCCCAACAUCAGUGCCCGACCUCACUAAUUCUCUUGUGGCUGAAUGGAAGCAAGUCCCCGCAGUAAUGUUACAACAUCUAGUGGAAAGCCUUCCUAGAAGAGUGGCGGCUGUUAUAGCAGCAAAGGGGGACCAACUCCAUAUUAAUGCCCAUGAUUCUGGAAUGAGAUGUUAGACGAACAGGUGUCCACAUACCUUUGGUCACGUAGUGUAUCAGCAUGGACAUGUUCUUACACCAUGCAUAUUACUAAUAUCACUAUCGACCACUGGAGAUAUUACUAAUCAAUAUAACUGAUAUCGUCCACUGGAGAUAUUACUAAUCAAUAUCACUAUCAUCCACUGGAGAUAUUACUAAUCCAUAUUACUAGUCUUAUCUGGACGUAACAUAGAUUAGCCCAAAGAGCUCGCAGGCGCAGUGUGUUUUGGUUGUAGAUGGUCAAUCAGUUUUAAGACACAGCAAUUUAUUUAAAAUCUUCAUAUUAUCUCUCUUCCCCGUCUGUCUUUCUCUCCCUCCAGGGUUAUGGUGAAGGAACUCAUUACAAUGAGCAUGAAUGCCUGGCUUCCACCCCUAUGUUCGGCUCAGGGAUUGUGGGUAAGGAAACCUGAAUAUAUUUCCUCCAUCCUGGCCAGUGAUUUAGACCUUGUAUCUGGAACAGGUUCUCUUUCCCCAACCCUCCAUUUCAUUACGCUCAGCUGAUUGGACAUCCCCAUCAUGACAAAGUAAACACAUUUAACAGGUCCCUGUGGUCCUGUCGUGUGGCUUUGUGAGCUGCAGUAAGCCUCCCUGUAUUUACAAUCAAUGACCAGGAGAAGGGACUGCAUUAUGAUGCGUCAUCAGGGGAGCAGAUUGAGCAAAUUGAAUGGAGUUGCAUGUGGAAUUUGUCUGAGGACACAGAGGGUGUAUUAACGUGUGUGUGCGCAUGUGCGUGCUCUUGCGCCCAUCCGUGUGCUCCUGUGUGUGUGUGUGUGUGUGUGUGUGUGCGUGCGAGAUGACUUCAACUAUUGUUACUGUAUAUGAGUGAUAUGAAUUACCUCUUCGGGGCAUUCAAUGUGUGUAGGAAGUUGGUGACUAGGGGAGUGUACACGUGACAGGGGGUUUAGGGUGUGUGGGGGGGGGUUUAGGAGCACCCAAGCACAAACAAACCUCUCCCAAGGGAUUAGUGUGGCCUAUAGCAUGUUUGUGUCAUGUCUCUGAGCUGUCAGAAGAGAGCAGAGAUGGGGGUUGGGCUUUAAUUACCCCCAGACCCUCUAUAAUGAGCUCCUGUCUAAAUUCCUAAAUACAACCCUUCAUAUAGAGCACCUCACACGGCGGGUGGCAGAUAAGGGCCGCCCAACUGGAGAAAGGGGAACAGCCCAGAUGGGUUGUUAAUGUGCUGGAGAUGAGUGUAACAGCCUUAAAGGUUUUUAUGGGGUCCUGCCCUGAUUGUCCCUCUAUCUGUUUUUACAGGCAAAGCUGAGCGAGGACCCUACUCUUCUUUUGGAGCGCAGGUAAAAUCAGACACCACUUGAUGUCGCUUCCCUUCCAACUUGUCAAAUGGUUGUUCUGUUUCCCCCUCUUGUGACUAGUUCUCCCAUUUGUAGCUGCGGUCUCUUCCGCUGUAGCUGCGGUCUCUUCCGCUGUAGCUGCGGUCUCCUCCCCCCAUCACGAAGCACGCCCGCCGAGCCCCGCACGCCCACCCAGGCACGAGCAGCCGCGCCGCACCCCACCGCACAGGACGCAGCCGACCGCACGCCGCCGCGCCCGCAGCCCCGCAGCCGCGCGCCCGAUCAAGCAAGACGCAGCGCGCGCCGCGCCCCCCAGCAGCGCAGCGCGCCCCGCCGCACACCCAGCCUAGCCCAGGCUCCGACACCCAAGAUCGAAGCAGACGCGCCCCGAACCCAAAAAAGACGAGAAGAGAGCAAGAUAACCCCCAAAAUGACCGAAACACCUCCCUAAUACCACCAUCCUACUCAUCCUCUCUCCCCUCCCCCCAUCCUACUCAUCCUCUCUCCCUCCUCCCCCCCAUCCUACUCAUCCUCUCUCCCUCCUCUCCUCCUCCGCUCAUCCUCCUCUCUCCUCUCAUCCUCCGCUCAUCCUCUCUCAACAUUACUCUACUGUCUCUAGCAAUAUUUGUGUGACUGACCUCGUCUUCUCUCCUCCUGUGUAGCCGGGCUUUAUGCCCAGUGAGAUGCCCAUGCCCACUCCUGAUGCCCUGUCCCCCUCGGGUCUGAAGUCAGGCUCCCAGUUCUACCCCUCCCAGUUCAACCCUCGCAGGAGACCCAUCCAGGAGAGCAUGGGUAAGGACAUAAACCACUGAAUAUUAUCCCAUAGAAUGCAAGGAAGAUGGAGCACAGAAUUAGACUAGAUAGACCUGACGUUCCAAUGUAAAGCAGUGGUCCAUGGUGUUUCCUGCAGGUCAUAUUGGGGUCUUUUUUUUAAAUUAGCUUACUUCCCUGGAAUUACAAUUCUAUUUCUACUGCUAAUGCUUACUGCAGUUGAAUUUGGUGUUAUUCUCUGAAGUUAUACAUGAAACAAUGCAUAGUGUCGCCUAAUUGGUAGGUCCUUGUAAAAUCACAUGGAAUUCACAACCAUAUCCACUCCACUAAUAUUAUUACUAUGGGAAGGAGUUGCUCUUUAUUCUGGUGUACAACUAUGAUUACCCUCACUUCUCCUACUGAGGUUUAAAAUAAGAACCAGAGAAAUCUCACUUCUUCUAAACCAGCCAGGGGUUCAAUGGGAGGAGCGGUGGGGUGAGACCGUUGCAUAAACACACUGGUUGGAUAAGAUAAGAUUAGAUUACGUUUGAUUAAGGCAUUUAUAAGGGCCAAUAAAGACAGAUAUUCCUACCAGCACAGUGCUUACCUAAUGGACAGCAUGAAUGAACCCAUUCACAGCAUGAAUGAACCCAUUCAUCGAUAUUCCAGAACUGUUAACACUGCUUUCAUAACUCUGUUGUUUCAUCUAUGUACUCACUGUGUGUGUCUCCUCAGAUGCCCAGCCAAAAAAGAUCAGGAAAGUUCCCCCUGGCCUGCCCUCUUCGGUAAGUACUGCCCCCCCCACCCCACACACAUUACCACCUCUUACCAGACUGCCACGCCGUAGUCUGCCUAUUGUCCCUGAAGAACACACACCUAUUUCAGACCUUUUGCCCCUUCUAAACCCAAGCCCACCUACGCAAGUAACCAUGUCACCCAACCAUAUCCAAACCUUUCCCCACUCACUAUCAGGAAUGCUCCCUUAUCCAAAAUAUUCACCUCACCCACUCCCUUACACACACAUUUUCUGCAUCCGCCAUACCUAAACUGCCUCUCAGCCCUCCCCGGCUUUUAGAACGGCAGCCAAACUGGCAGAGAGAGAGCGCCUCCAGCCCCACAGCUGUGUGCUUUUGCACUGCCAACGAGGUGAAAAAAUAAACUGAGCCCUACUCAUUCACCCAUUAAUUUAUUUAGACUUAUGUAUUUAUAGUGGCUUUUAUUUGUAGGCCAUUUAUUUUAUAGAUGUGCAUGCACUCCUUCCAGCCCAGCAUCCUCACCCGCCCAUUGCAUAAGGUAUAAAAUGAGGCUUGAUGACUUCCAGACCAUGACCUGACUUCACUAAACCUCCUCUAUACAGUGUCGGCUGUUCACCUUUCAUCUGUUUUCCUUCUCUCCACUCCCUCCCUCCCUCUUGUGAGUUCUGCUUGCUCCCCCUGCUCCCACCCUCCUUUCUGUUUCUUUCUCACCCUCCCCCGCUCUCUUUUCCUCCAUCUCACUCUUUCUCUCCCUCCCCCAUCCCUCUAUCCCAGCUGCCUGUAGAGUUGGCUGCAGUCCAGGAAUGGGCAGAUGGCACAGUAAUUAGGAGUGCAUCUCUCCAUUCCCCCUCUUCCUCUCUUCCUCUCUCUGUUUAAUCAAAUUAGAGAAACAACUUCACUGUGUAGGAACUGAGUCGUCUGGCCCAUAGUUUUAUUAUCUCAUGCCUGCCAGAAUUGGCCUGAUUCUGUGGCCUCUGCUAGUUCCCAACCUCAGUACCUUCACCUCUUUAGUGACAUGCCAGAGACAGAGAAGACUGGAUCAUGUGUGUUAACCAGACCCAACUGGAUCAUGUGUAUAACGCAUCCACACACACACCGUAUACAUCUCAAACCUAGCCGUAAGACCCUGAGAUCACAGAGAAGAAGCAGUGGGUUUAUGGCGAAAUCCCUCUCCUCAGCCAGUAAAGAAUCAAUUUGUUGUCUUGGUAACGGAACAUCAAGACAACGUUAGAUCCACGGAUCAUAAGGAGUUCAGAUAUUGUUCUGGGUUAAUGGCAGCAUCCCUGUCAUUGGUUCAAGGGAGUUUACUGAACCUACAUCCAGCGGAUUGUAUAGGAGCACACAGAGUUUAGGCUAUACUGUGUAUAGGCUAGUUCAUUUCAUCAGUAUAGGCUAAAUCAUUUCAUGAAAAUGAAAAAAGUAUAUUUACACACUGUUUAGAUGUAGCCAGAGUUUUCAUGUAGUUAACAUGUGACCAAAAGGCUAAUUUACUAAAACUGUGUGUGGAAUUCUUGUCUGUUUAAAAUCCAUUUGUUGUCUUAGUAACAGAACAUCCCCUAAGAAAACCUUCCACACUGCUUAGUUCUAUAGUAAAGUCAAAGCCCCAGAGUCCUCAAAUGCCACAUAGGCUGUUGAUUUGAAUUAUGCAGUAAAAAGAGAUUGUAAAAAUGUACUCCUCAAUUGACAUACCAAACAUUUGAGCAGUGUUCAAUGUGUGGGUGGGUGGCCUAAUCAAGACGGGAUACAAGGUUUUGACCACACAUAGUCUACUAUUUCAGAUCACUUGGAAAUCAUUAGAAAAUACCAUGUUAAUGACUCCAGCCACCCAAGCCAUAGACUGUUCUCUGCUUCCUCACGGCAAGAGGAAGCCGGGGUAGCCCAUAGCAACACCCACCCGUAGUCUGCGCUCCAGCAGGUAUAUCUCACUGGUCAUCCCCAAAGCCAAAGCCUCCUUUGGCCGCCAUUCCUUCCAGUUCUCUGCUGCCAAUGACUGGAACGAAUUGCAAAAAUCUCUGAAGCUGGAGACUCUUAUCCCCCUCACUAACUUUAAGCAUCAGUUGUCAGAGCAGCUUACCGAUCACUGCACCUGUACACAGCCAUUCUGAAAUUAGCCCACCCAACUACCUCAUCCCCAUAUUGUUAUUUAUUUUGCUAAUUUGCACCCCAGUAUCUCUAUUUGCACAUCAUCUUUUGCACAUCUAUCAUUCCAGUGUUAAUACGAAAUUGUAACUAUUUUGCACUAUGGCCUAUUUAUUACCUUACCUCCAUAACUUACUACCUUCGCACACACUGUAUAUAUAUUUUCUGUUGUAUUUUUGACUUGAUGUUUUGUUUACCCCAUAUGUAACUCUGUGUUGUUUUUAUCGCUUUGCUUUAUCUUGGCCAGGUCGCAGUUGUAAAUGAGAACUUGUUCUCAACUGGCUUACCUGGUUAAAUAAAGGUUAAAUAAAAAUAAAUAAAUAAAAAAACAGGUAGUGGUGCAUCAAGUCUGACACUAACAGGCUCCUGAACAGCUUCUAUCCCCAAGCCAUAAGACUGCUAAAUAGCUAACAAAAUGGCUACACGGACUAUCAGAGUUGACCCUUUUUGCACUGUCUCUAUGCCUACUCACAGGACUCUACACACUCACACACACACUCCAUUUACUCACACACAGUACAUUUUUACAUUUUAGUCAUUUAGCAGAAGCUCUUAUCCAGAGCGACUUGCAGUUAGUGCAUACAUUUUCAUACUGGCCCCCCGUGGGAAACGAACCCACAACCCUGGCGUUGCAAGCGCCAUGCUCUACCAACUGAGCUACAGGGGACUACAUGCGCACACAUUUAUACUGACUAUACACACACACACUCGCAUACAAUCUUCAUAUGCUGCUGCUACACAGUUUAUCAUAUAUCCUGAUGCCUAGUCACCUUACUCUUAUACAUAUCUACCUCUAUCACUCCAGUAUCCCUGCACAUUGUACAUAUAUUGGAACUGACCCUGUAUAUACAUUAUUUCUACUGUUCUUAUUUUUAUUUCUCUAGUGUUUUUUGAUCUACCUUAUGUUAUUUUAGUACUACAUUGAUAUUGAUUUAUUGCAUUGUUGGGUUUAGAAUUUGCAAGGAAGGCAUUUCACUGUACUUGUGCACGUGACAUUAAAACGUGAAACCUGUUUGAUGUGUCCGAUUUCACCCAUCUCCCUGCUGUGUGUGGUGUAGGUCUAUGCGUCGGCCUCAGGAGAGGACUAUAACAGAGAUGGUGCAGGGUAUCCUGCCUCCAAGCCUGGAAACGUGGGCUACCCCGGCUCCUUCUAUAUGCAAGGUUAGUAUAGUGUAUACCAGAUCAUGUCUGGGGGCCAAAACUAUACAAUAUGCUUAACACUAUGGGUUUACCCACUUUGAUAACUCUGCAACAUGGAGAAAGUGGUCCGAAACGCAAUUUUGGGUGAGGUGAUUAUUGAAGUAAUGUAUUAGCUGACCACUGAUGUCAUAUACACUCAGUGGCCAGUUUAUUAGGUACUCCCAUCUAGUACCGGGUCGGACUCCCCUUUGUCUCCAUAACAGCCUGAAUUCUACAGGGAAUGGAAACAUUGGUGAAUUGGUAUCAAGGGACCUAACGUGUGCCAGGAAAACAUUCCCCACACCAUUACACCACCGCCACCAGCCUGUACCGUUGACACCAGGCAGGAAGGGGCCAUGGACUCAUGCUGCUUAUGCCAAAUCCUGACUCCGCAUGACUCAACAGGAACCAGGGUUGAUCAGUCCAGGCGACGUUUUUCCAUUCAAUUGUCCAGUGUUGGUGAUCGCUUUCCCACUGGAACCACUUCUUCUUGUGUUUAGCUGAUUGGAGUGUUUCUGAGAUACUGGAAGCGGCGUGCCUGGCACCAACGAUCAUACCACGCUCAGUCGCUUAGGUCACUCGUUUUGCCCAUUCUAACAUUCAAUCGAACAGUAACGGAAUGCCUCAAUGCCCGUCUGCCUGCUUUAAAUAGCAAGCCACGGCCACGUGACUCACUGUCUUUAGGAGCGAUCCAUUUUCGAGAACAGGGUGGUGUACAUAAUAAACUGGCCACUGAAUGUAUGUGCCCCAUUACUGCCUGUAUUGUCUCAUUCUUCCUGUUGAAACACCUUUAUAGCAGUGAGUCCCAGUAUGAAAAUGUAUGCACUCACUAACUGUAAGUCGCUCUGGAUAAGAGCGUCUGCUAAAUGACUAAAAUGUCAAUGUAAAAAAUUAAACCCGUUAUGUCAGUGUGGUAGUGAGUCCCUGUUGAAACCCCUUAUGGUAGUGAGUCCCUGUUGAAACCCCUUAUGGUAGUGAGUCCCUGUUGAAACCCCUUAAGGCAGUGAGGUAGUGAGUCAAUGUUGAAACCACUUGAGGUAGUGAGUCCCUGUUGAAACCCCUUAUGGUAGUGAGUCCCUGUUGAAACCCCUUAAGGCAGUGAGGUAGUGAGUCCCUGUUGAAACCCCUUAUGGUAGUGAGUCCCUGUUGAAACCCCUUAAGGCAGUGAGGUAGUGAGUCCCUGUUGAAACCCCUUAUGGUAGUGAGUCCCUGUUGAAACCCCUUAAGGCAGUGAGGUAGUGAGUCCCUGUUGAAACCCCUUAAGGCAGUGAGGUAGUGAGUCCCUGUUGAAACCCCUUAAGGCAGUGAGGUAGUGAGUCCCUGUUGAAACCCCUUAAGGCAGUGAGGUAGUGAGUCAAUGUUGAAACCCCUUAAGGCAGUGAGGUAGUGAGUCAAUGUUGAAACCCCUUAUGGUAGUGAGUCCCUGUUGAAACCCCUUAAGGCAGUGAGGUAGUGAGUCAAUGUUGAAACCACUUGAGGUUGUGAGUCCCUGUUGAAACCCCUUAAGGCAGUGAGGUAGUGAGUCCCUGUUGAAACCCCUUAUGGUAGUGAGUCCCUGUUGAAACCCCUUAAGGCAGUGGGUAGUGAGUCCCUGUUGAAACCCCUUAAGGCAGUGAGGUAGUGAGUCCCUGUUGAAACCCCUUAAGGCAGUGAGGUAGUGAGUCCCUGUUGAAACCCCUUAAGGCAGUGAGGUAGUGAGUCCCUGUUGAAACCCCUUAAGGCAGUGAGGUAGUGAGUCCCUGUUGAAACCCCUUAAGGCAGUGAGGUAGUGAGUCAUCAUAGCCAUGAGCUAACAUGAUACUCCUCAUGCCCUGCCUGUCUGUCUGUGUACAGUAGGAUGAAGUCAUCAGGCGGAUGUGACCUCUUAUUGUCUUAUCUCUGGUGGCUGCUGUCCCUCUGGUGCUCACCCUCUUGCUCUCUGGCUCUCUUCUAUUUCUCUCUCCCCACCCCCCUCUCACCACCCCACCCCCUCCACACAAACACCCCUCCCUCCUCCCCUGUACCCCCACCCCCUCUCACUACCCCCACCCCCUCCACACAAACACCCCUGCCCUCCUCCCCUGUAACCCCACCCCUCUCACCACCACCACCCCCCCCCCCCCUCCACACAACAACACCCUUACCACCCACCCUCCCUCCUACCCCCUGUACCCCCCCCCUCCCCCACCCCCUCCCCUCCACACAAACACCCCUCCCUCCUCCCCUGUACCCCCACCCCCCUCAUCACCCCCUCCCCUCUACACAAACACUCCCCUCUCACCACUCCCUCCACACACAAACACCCCUCCUCCUGGUUCCCCCCUGACAGAAGGUCUGCACCCCUCCCCUGAUCCGUGGAGUUCUGCCGGGCCGAUGGGGCAGCCGGGCUACUCUGCUGUGCUGGGUAACUCCCCUCACCUGGGGCAGCCCGCCCCCUUCACUGCCAUCAACCCCCAGGACAGACUGGUGAGACUACUGACACACACUGUAUAGUAGUAUAGAAUACACUGCCAUUUCUCUCUCUCACUCAUCGCCCAGAAAAUGACUAAGCCUGUUUUUGUGCAGAAGCGCCAGCCGUUGCCACUCUCGCCCCAGAACUACCCCCUGCACGGCAGCGAGGUGAACGGGAGCUUUCACCCUGGGUCCACUGGCUACGGAGUCCCCAACCACACACCCCCCAUCAACGGAACAGAAACCAUCAUGGGUACGACUGUCUACCACUGACGCUCUGUAGACUGUUUUUAUCUCUCUCUCACUUUCUGGCUUUUCCUUUGUUUCUUCCUUUACCUCCAUAUUUUCUCUCAAUUGGAAAUGUCAGUUCUAAUGGUUUGCUGUCUACCCUGUUGUUCCCUCCCAGCCAACCGGGGGAUAGCUCCACCUAGCUCAGGAGAUGAGAUCGGCAAAGCCCUGGCAUCAGUGAGUAGAGUGGCGCAGACCACAUCAAGCAGAUAGUCUUCAGUGAUUACGCAAUGUUGAUUUAUCUACCAAGACUAAGAUAAAACCAAAUCUGCAAAUAAUAGAGAAUGCUGAGUUUCUGUUAUGCUGUUUUCUGUGUCACAGAUCUUACUAUUGAAUGACCGUUUCAUGUUUUUGUUUCUGUGUAGAUUUAUCCUUCGGACCACAACAGCAACACCUUCCCUUCAUCUCCAUCUACUCCAGUAGGCUCUCCCCAGGCCAUAGCAGGUGAGUGAGCAGGGAGAAUACACCUGUAGCUUGCUCUCCCCCAGGCCAUAGCAGGUGAGUGGGCAGGGAGAAUACACCUGUAGCUUGCUCUCCCCAGGCCAUAGCAGGUGAGUGGGCAGGGAGAAUACACCUGUAGCUUGCUCUCCCCAGGCCAUAGCAGGUGAGUGGGCAGGGAGAAUACACCUGUAGCUUGCUCUCCCCCAGGCCAUAGCAGGUGAGUGGGCAGGGAGAAUACACCUGUAGCUUGCUCUCCCCCAGGCCAUAGCAGGUGAGUGGGCAGGGAGAAUACACCUGUAGCUAGCUCUCCCCGGGUCAUAACAGGUGAGUGGGCAGGGAGAAUACACCUGUAGCUAGCUCUCCCCCAGACCAUAGCAGGUGAGUGGGUAGGGAGAAUAUACCUGUAGCUAGUUCUCCCCAGGUCAUAACAGAUUAGUGGGCAGGGAGAAUACACAUGUAGCUAGCUCUCCCCCAGACCAUAGCAGGUGAGUGGGCAGGGAGAAUACACCUGUAGCUAGCUCUCCCCCAGACCAUAGCAGGUGAGUGGGCAGGGAGAAUACACCUGUAGCUAGCUCUCCCCCAGACCAUAGCAGGUGAGUGGGCAGGGAGAAUAUACCUGUAGCUAGCUCUCCCCAGGUCAUAACAGAUUAGUGGGCAGGGAGAAUACACCUGUAGCUAGCUCUCCCCCAGACCAUAGCAGGUGAGUGGGCAGGGAGAAUAUACCUGUAGCUAGCUCUUCCCGGGUCAUAGCAGGGAAAAUACACCUGUAGUUAGGAGGAUCACAAUUGGGUUAGCCCUUAGUGAAACCUAGCAAACCGUUUCCCAAAUGGUGGGUUGGAGCGUACUGCUGAUUCCUAGCUAGUUCCUAUUUGAUCAUGAUUGAAGACAGGGCUAAUAUGCUGACCACACCGCUCGCGCGCCAUCGUGUGCAUUUUGAUUUUGUCCACCCACACCAGACGCGAUCAGGAUACGCAGGUUGAAAUAUCAAAACAAACUCUAAACCAACUAUAUUAAUUUGGGGACAUGUCGAAAAGCAUUAAACAUUUAUGGCAAUUUACCUAGCUAGCUUGCUGUUGCUAGCUAAUUUGUCCAGGGAUAUAAACAUUGGGUUGUUAUUUUACCUGAAAUUCACAAGGUCCUCUACUCCAACAAUUAAUCCACAGAUAAAAGGGUAAACUGAGUUUGUUUCUUGUAAUCUCUCCUCCUUCAGACUUCUUCUUCUUCUGUGGACUUUAUAUGGCGGUUGGCAACCAACUUUAAGGUGCAUUACCACCAUCAAUUGGACUGGAGUGUGGACCUCAGUUUAUCUUUCAAUCAACCACAUGGGUGUAUGCUCCUAAAAACCAAUGAGGAGAUGGGAGAGGCGGGACUUGCAGCGCGUCAAGCGUCACAAAUAGAAACAAGUUAGAUUUUAGCGCCUGGCUACGCAGACGCUCGCGAGCGGUGUGGGUGCAAUGAUUGAAUAACGUAUGUGUACAUUUAUUUUGCAACGCACACGUGAUGCGGGCGUUGUGGUCAGCAUGUAAGGCGAUAUUUUGCAAAAGAGAUUUAAUUAUUUGGGUAGGUGUAAAAGCAAAAACAUCAGUGAACCACUGACCUAGCGGAUCCCACCUGUUUUAGUCCUUAGGGGGCCCUAUCCUGCGGUGUAAGGUUACAGCCACAUGGAAAACGACAAAAAAUAGCUUUUUUCUCACAGGCAGAUGAAGCCCAAAUGUCACUGUUGGUCCAAUGUGGAAUCGAGCGAUCAGAUUAAGUUAUUCUUUGACACCAGUGCUUUGAGUGUGGUGUCUGAAAUGGCCAACCAUAAAACCUCUAAUUCUAUAAUGAAAUUUGACAUAAUUAGAUUACAUCUUGUCUAGAGUUACUAGAUAGCAAGUUACGGUUGACUGCUUUUCAACCGAAUGGCCGUUUGCCUGGUAGAUGGACAGACCCACUCUUGCGUUUUAGUGCCAACUAUUAUCACAGAGACAAAGUUGUUGUCCAGAUGCUCAAUGUCUCUCUGUCUCUGUAGGUUCUGCCUCUCAGUGGUCCCGGGGCUCGGGACAGGCCACACCCUCUCCAAACUUGGAGGGAGGACUGCAGGCUCUGGUGAGUUACUUGUCAUGUCCAACUCCACUGGUAUGAGUAGCAGUCUUAGAAGAUCAAAUACCACCUUGGUCCGAAGCAAGCUGGAUAAGUUGAUGAAUAAACAGUGUUCGUUAUACUUACCCCGGUCCUCUCCCUUCUCUGCUACAGCAAAAUAAGAUGGAGGACCGUCUGGAGGAGGCAAUCCACGUGCUGCAGCGUCACGCUGGGGGACAGGGGGGCCCAGGGGGGCUGACUGACAUGCACAGCCUCCUUAGUGCUGGGAUAGGAGGUCUUGCCCAGGCCUUCAACAACGCUGGCCUGGGACUGGCCAACAGACUGCCCAGCCUGGUAUGAACCGGAGGGAUGAAUAGAUCAAUAGUGGGCAUAUCUAGCCAUAUGGAUGGUUUAGGAUUUUGUCUGUUGAUUAUUGUCAUGCUGUUCUCUACAGUCUCUCAUGUAAUACCAAUGUAACUGCAAUGUUAUGAAGAGACUAUAGGACUGUAACUGUCUAAUGCCAUGUUUCUCCUUUGCUCUGUAGAUGUCCAACCACCAUGAAGACUCUGCUGGUCCGCCCUCUAGUGGUCACCAUGGCCCUCCCUCAGCCCAGCCUGGCAGCCAGCCUGAGGGCUUCACCAGUUAGUUCCUUCCUGUCACUCUUUAUUUUCCUCUCUCAUGCCAUUUCAGAAUUGGAGACAAAAUUAUUGUGACUCUCCCUCUUUCUCAAAAGAUCUGCUGUGCUUCGCAUUGACUUAACCCCCCCAAUCUUCCCUCAGGCCUAUCUCGCUCCACACACUCGUCCAGUGGCGCCGACAUCAAAAGGGAGGACAAGGAGGAUGACGAGAACUCCUCCGUGGCUGACAAGUCAGAGGAGGAGAAGAAAGACUUGAAGGCCUGCACCCGAACCAGGUGACUAACCCCUCUGACGGCGGUGGUGACACACACACAUUCAUAUGAUUUCAAUCAGUCAGUCAUUCUACCAAAUCCUAACUUGAGAUGCAAGUAUGUGACUCGUAUGUUCAGGCAAGUCGUCGUCGUCGAUGCAUGAUUUACCUGGAAGUUUACGUUAAGCACUCGUUUAAGUUAGGAUUCAGAGAAGUUUUCAGGCAGGUAUUACCGUGUAGAAAUUGUCUGAUCAGUUGGCACGUUGAUCAAAUUAAGUCAUUUUGACACCAUACUGCAUUCCACAUAGUAUUUGUAUUGUUGUUUGUGCAGUACUUUUUACAAAGUGAAUAAGCGCUAGGUGGUAGCGGAAGUGGGACGUUUUGAUCUGUUUAACCGUCUUGUUAGCUUAGGCUAGCGAGUGAUUUGUUCUGGGGACUGUACUGCUGUUAUUAUAAAGGGGGUAAACUCUCUCUCACUGAACAUUAUUAGGAUUUAUUUGAUCAUUUAAGACAUCUGUUGCUUGAAAAUGAUUUAAAUAAAUCCAUUCAGGGAGUGCAGGUUUACCGUCUUUAUUUCAACUUAACACAGCCCCAGCACCCAAAAAGAGGUGAUUCUCCAUAGCACUGUUAUCAUGUGUGCCCUCGUGUCUACCGUUGUUUUCAGAGAGACGUUCUCCUUCCAGACCUUCUCUUCCUCCCUAUCAGACACGGGAGCAGAGUAAGUCUGCAUCCAUUCAUGUGAGCCUCACCUCAGGAGGUGUGGCCAGAAAUAUAGACACCUAGUAAAAAAAAAAAAGAGAAUAAUUCUAAACUGAUAUUUUUAUUUAUUUAUGCCUGGUGGGCAGAAUUUCAGCAUAGCUAACGUUUUCCUCAGGCAUAGCAAACGUUUUUCUUGCUCCUUGAGCCGUGCCGUUGUUGGUGCCAUGAGAGUGAAGGUUUGUAUCAUCAACACAUUCUUAUAACACACAAACUCUGAAGCGGAAACCCCCAGUUUAAUAACUGAUGGCAUAAGCAUUAUGAAUGUGAAUUGUCAAUUUGAUGACUUGAACCUAGAUGAAAUUGGAUUGUAUCAUUUCACAGCUAUUGCAGUACAUAUAAACCUGGCUUUUACCAUGACAUUUUCUACAUUGAUAAAGAAAAGCUGUUUUGUAUGUGAGUUUACAGAAGUAUGUUACCGAGGAUUAUAUAAAGUCCUGUUUUCUUGCUUAAAGAAUGAGGAGCUUAUUCUUUGUUAUAAUGGUCCAGAAACUGUAGUACAGCACUCCCAGAAUGAUAUCAUUUAAUAAUGAUCUAGCAAGUGAUCAGAACAGAACAUAACAGUCUUGUCCACGUUAGUAAAUAUAUCUUCUAUCCCUUCCAACCAAACCUUCCCCCCUUGGCCUACAUUGACUCUUCAUCAGUCACGAUGAUGAGGACGAGGAUGACGAGGAUCUGCCGCCGGAGUUGAAGAAAGAGCGGGAGAAAGAGCGGCGGGUGGCGAAUAAUGCCCGCGAGCGUCUGCGCGUGCGGGACAUCAACGAAGCCUUUAAGGAGCUGGGGCGCAUGUGUCAGCUCCACCUGACUAAUGAGAAACCCCAGACCAAACUGCUCAUUCUGCACCAGGCCGUUAAUGUUAUACUCAACCUGGAGCAGCAAGUCCGAGGUCAGUGUGCUGUCACUGGGGUCCAGGUUUAGACGGGACAAAGAACCAGGGUAGGGCCGCGUCCCAAUUCUGAGGCCUUCUAGUCUCCUUUCCUUCAGAGUAAAGGCCCUGGGAUGUGUCUCCAUACUCUUGAGUGGUUUGCUCUCCUUGUCUCUUUUCCUUCAUUGAUGUGAAGUCAUUGGAAAGGUGUCAGUCAUAUUGCUUUCACCAGUCAUGUUUUUAGAUCAUUUCAGAUAGAGAGCAGACUAGGAGAGGAGGCCACUUUCAAGUAUUGAGAUGCUCCCUUUAGACAAGUUUGCAACCAUCCAGUUGUUUGUUAUGAUGGGAGAAAAGGGGACGAGUAAAGGAAGCUAUUUAGACUGUGUGGGAUGUGGCCCCUUCUCCGGUCCUUUAAGGCUUUGCUGCUGUGGGCACACAUACAACCUACCGCUGGAUUAAUGUCUGGUUUGGUGUCGUAUGUGUUGCCUGAUCUAAACAGCAUGGGGCUGUCUGUCUGGGCUGCUUCAUGUGACUGCCUUCCCCUCCACUAUAUUAGGGUCGUUCCACCAAUUCGGUGCCUUUUGAGAAGUCUUACUUGGUCCCAAAAAUAAUUUCUGAAUUCACAUAAUUUUUUACAUUCUGUCAUAAAGAGCACAUGUUCAACUUAAUAAACAUGUUUUCCCAUCUCGAGAUAAAAAUAUAUACUACAUAAUGACUAUAUAGCUAAAGUAACAGGGUUGACCAUAAUAGGGUGGACAAAUUCAUCUUAAAUCAGCCAUAAAUCCCCUUGUGACCGGGGGAAGCUUGUUGUGUGCAACAGGGAGUGGCAAAAAUUUAAAUUGUUAAAACAUUUCUAUGCGUAACAGGGUUGACGUGUUACUCAACCAGCUCAGUUGUCCACCACAAAACACCAGCAAAUGGCCAAAAAUAGUAGAAUCAGCUCACCUGCUUUUAUACUAUGAUUUGACUAUUAGAUGUUCAAUGUAUCUUUUGAAAAAAAUAUUUAAAAAGGGAUAGUUUCAAUAUUAAAACGAGAGUUCAAUUCACGUAACAGGUUUUACCUUAAAAUCAGGGACAGACGUAAAUUAACCACUAAUCACAUUAAAUAAAUAAUCUUCAGAAAUGACUGUCAAAGCAACAAAAUAGCUAGGACUUUACAAUGAUGGUGAGAACUUGGAGAAAUGUUGGUUAAAUUCUUCCUAGAAGUCAGAGGGUUCACUUUAGCAAGUCUUUAUUCAUAUAAAAAAUCUAAUAUAGACCACAUGGAGAAUUCAAUCAAAGGGCACUUAAUUUAACAGGCUUUUGAAAUUCAAUAUUUGUGCAAAAGGCACUCAUUUCGUGGAACGACCCAUUAACAUUAUAUCUCUGAUUUCCCUUAUAAGCUUCUAUCGCUGUCUCCCAUCACUGUGCUUCUUAUGAGGCCUUAGCAAAACACAGUUUAACAACCCAUUAUGUUUCUGUUAGCUUUUUACACUUUGUGUUACAAUUAUUUCAGGCCCCGAUAAUGACUUCUGCAUUGAAAUGAUCAGCUUUGGGUAAUGGCCCGAGUUGAAGUGCAAAGAUUUUUUUUGUCUGAGGGGAUUCCCACAUUUAAAAAACACUCUGACCUCGGACUUGCUGCUCCAGGUUGAGUAUAAUGUUAACGGCCUGGUGCGAUGCAUCACCAGCCCCCCUGUAUUCUGCCUGCUGAUUGGCUAUACAGAUGCAGAUACUGGUUGUGAUUGGAUGAGAGGGGCUCACUGUUCUGCUCCUAUCCCAUACCUCAAUGUAUUAACUCACUCCACUUCCUUAUUGCAGUGUCUCUGUGUUGCAUGCCCUUAUUCGUCAAAUGUUAACCUUUUUAAUUUACUGAUUUCGUUGAAGUCCUCUUCAUACCCGUCUCCAUCUCUUUCUCUCUCGUUCCGUCAUUUCCUUUUGCAGAUGGCAGCAGUGAUUUCAGCUUCCUCUCAUUCAGAUAAUACAUCUCUGACCGCUGAUGUAUUUAACAUGCGGCACCAGUUGCAUUUAGUUCUCCUUCUGUCUCUGUGUUUCUGUUUCCCAAUCUCUAGACCUCUAGACCUGGUAGAGGGUUAGUUGCUCUCUUUCCUCCUCUCCCUCUCUUCCUUGGUGUUCUUUCCUCUUCACUGACAGCCCCCAAAAGCCUCAUGUUAUCCCCAGUGACUCCCAUCCUGGACCUUGAUCAGCAGGAGACGUAGACUGUUGGUCUGGGUUCUGUCAGAUUCCAUUUGGAACAUUUGGUAUGAUGGUUGUCAACCCAUAACUCAACAUUAAAAACACUCAAUUUGACAAAAUAACCUUAAGUCGCUGUUUAGCCAAGUGAAAGUCUCCCGAGACGUGAUGGAAAAACAUGCUUUGUGUAAAAAUAAAAAUAAAUCCUGGUUGCGUAUAUCAUUUGCAAGGUCUUAAAUGGUGCGUUCAUGGACAAUAGUAGUAACAGUAGUGCUCUCGUCUCAGGAUUCCUCCGUGUAAAAACAAAAGGAUUCUGUUACCGCGUUCUUCGCAGUCCAUCCAUCCGCUCUCUCUCUCUCGCUCUCCUGCUCCACCGCACCACUGUCCACCGGGAUCAUCCAUCUGUGAUCCUCCUCCUCGUCACUUGAACACAUUCUGUCCAUCCGGACUACCACUGUUUCUAGCUGCUGGCCUACUGCCCAAAUAUGGCACUUAAACAAUGAAUGAUGUCACAGUCUGAUCUAGGAUGUGAAUAGAGUAAUGUGCAGGAAGCAGGGAAUGCUGUAGGAAGUGCUGGUCUAGGAUCAGGUCUAACUAUGCCAGACAAAAGACGAACUGGCCCUGGAACAGCAAUUGGCUAUCCACAAACUAUCCGCAGAAACUGUCAGCAUUUAGGGGUAACUUAAAUCCGUAGGGGCAACUUGGUGGAGGAGGGUAAAAGCAGCAGGUGUUGGGGUGUACCAUAAUGACCCCCUCCCUCCUCAGCAGCAGCUGCAGCGUGGCCUCGCCCAGCGACGACAACCUGACGGCAGAGGAGAAGGAGAAGCGUGAGCGGGAGCGCCGCUCGGCCAACAACGUCCGGGAGAGGGUGCGCGUGCGCGACAUUAACGAGGCGUUCAGGGAGCUGGGCCGGAUGGUGCAGGUGCACCUGCGCGGCGACAAGGCCCAGACCAAACUCAUCAUCCUGCAGCAGGCCUCGCAGGUCAUUAUGGGCCUGGAGAAGCAGGUCCGAGGUAGGCCUACCUUUAGGAAAUUAUCCAGUACCCUCCACCCAGCCAACUAUCACUCAACUAGCAUGGCAGUGAAAGGGUUCAUAUUGGACCUUGAGAUCCGAGGCAGGCCCCCUUUUAGGAAUAUAUCCAGUACCACCCACCAUCUCCACCCAGCCAACUAGCUCUUAAUACUGGGCCUGGAGAAGCAGGUGCGAGGUAUGGCUUCCCUUUAGCUCUGGAAGGCUUCCUUACCAAACCCAACCCAAAAAGAGAUGAGGAAGAGGGGAUGAAGGGACAGAGGUAGGUAGGUAGGUAGGUAGGUGGGUAGGUGGGUGGGUGGGUGGGUGGGUGGGGGGGGGGGGGCUUCACCUCUGCCAAACACUUAGUGACCUCGCCACUGCUGCCAUCUGGCCGUUCCUCUGUCCUGUCCAGCUGUCUCCUCUUCUCUGUUUGGUCUUUUGUCCUCCAUGAUUUUCCAAUUAUAUAUUGUUCUAUUUUGUUUCAUAUCUAGAAUCUUGCGGCGUUUACACCUUAAUCAUACCUUCCGUGCCUGUCACAUCUCCCUGCCUUUUUGUUUUUAACAUCUCUCGUUCUUAGAUAAACCUAACCUCCCAAGCCCUUCUCAGUUUACUAGAAUCUGUAAAACCUGAUGUUUUUUUGCCCCUUGCUUAAAUCUUUGACUAUUAUCUUGUGCUCACCAUGGGUUUACCUGAACCUGUAGAUCCACUUCUCCCCUGUGUGAUUCUGUGUCUCCUCUUCCUAAAGAGCGUAACCUGAACCCCAAGGCAGCGUGUCUGAAGCGGAGGGAGGAAGAGAAGGUUUCGGGGGUGGACCCACAGAUGCAGAUGGGAGGGGGGCAUCCCGGGUUAGGGGGCGAUGGACACAACUCUGUCAGCCAUAUGUAACACCCAGGUAAGUCGUCACUGUCUGCUGUCAUACUGUAACUGUCUAUCACAUGUAUUGUUGUGGCGUGUGUGUGAGCAUAAUACAGGGUUUUUUUCUGGAUCAAAAGGGGGCUUAGGUGGUGGGCGUGGCAGGAGGCGUGGCAAUAAGCAUGGUCGGCCCGUCUGAAUUUGACAUUCUUAGAGGCCCUCAUCUUGGUGGUGUAAAGACAUUUUUGCAUUUUAAGCCAAUUUCCUACAAUUCUACAAAUUCUGCCAUAGCUAAUGCCGUGUUCUUUUGCUCAACAUAUCAAAAUAAUUACUACUAAAUUAAUUGUUUGGGAUAUUUUCAAUUCUCCCUGACUGUCUAGCUUUUAUUUAGGUGAUUGUUAGUUCUAAUAAUAAUAUGCCAUUUAGCAGACGCUUUUAUCCAAAGCGACUUAGUCAUGCGUGCAUACAUUUUUUUGUGUAUGGGUGGUCCCGGGGAUCGAACCCACUACCCUGGCGUUACAAGCGCCGUGCUCUACCAGCUGAGCUACAGAGGACCACAGUUCUCAAAGAUCAUAUUAUUUUAAAAAAUAUAUAAAGGUCCAUUAUCUUUUCUACAUUAUAUCUUUAUAGGUUUACACUGAAAGCAUUUUUCCAUCCCGAGAAUGUAUUUUAAUAUAUAUUUAAUUUUGUACAUUGUUUUGGACUUGAAUGGCAGAAAGAUGUGUGUAAUAUAAGGAUCCCUGUUUGUGUCUUCCAGCUCCUGUUGAUUGUACAGCCCUUAGAAGACGUGGCCUUAUUGUCUUAUUAUGCAGCAAUCCACAAAGCUCUCCAUAUAGCACAUAUAGUGGAGAAGCUCAUUCUCAGACACACACACACCCAACUGGCCAAGCCAGUGGCCACAUUCCUGACCAUGAACACAAGAGCAACACACAUACACCCCUAUACACCAGAGAGAGUUUUGAAGAAUAUUUAGAGUAAAAACACCCUGAACUCCAAGGAGAGACUGGGCCACAGACAGAGGAAUUUUAAACGCAAUGAUUUUCUGCCUAAUGGUCAUGUUUUUGUAAGACAUUUUGAGAAGUUGCUUUACAUGUUGGGAGCAAAAUUUGUUUGGAUCAAAUAGUAUUUUUGGAUCAAUUGCUCAUGUGAGCAACAUAGGAUUUUGUGUCCUUUGGUAGUCAUCUGCCAUUCCCACCUGAAAAGGUCUUAGUUUAAUUACAAGCAAAGGUGACAUCAGAAUCUAACCUGUAUGAGUAACUAUGAGUCUGAUAUACAUGCAUAACGCCAAGGCUCGGGAGAGUUAGAAUCCUCGUCAUCCCCACAAUUUUUUUCUUCUCAAAAUGGCUGAAACACAGUAUAGUUUGAGGUAUCCAGCCACCCCACCAGAAUGUAAAAUACUCAACUGUCAUAGUGAUGAAUCGGCAGGCAGAGUGCUGUUAUAUAGCGCAAUGAUAAAAGAAACCCUAGCCAACUUUGGCCAUAUUUCUUUGUUUAUGCCUUCUCGUAAGGGCUGCCCAGACAAAGGCCCGUCUGAAGGAUUUGUAUGGUGGGUAUUUAUUUGAUCCAGGGAUCCUACAAGCCUUCCAUUUUUGUCCUCUUCAUCUGUUUGUCACCAUGGGUGGAGUGGAAGCACUCCCAGUGAGGAAGGUGUCCUCACCCACCAACACAUACAGAGACCCAGGACAGGACAGGACAGAUCAUGAUGACUCGCUACUAGCUGAAAACCACUUCCUGUUCACCUACUUUUCCACAGGAUCACACGGUCAUGGUCAUCUCAAGACUUCCUCACUCUGAUUUAGGGAGAUUGGACUGAAACAUGCAGGAAGUGUGUGUGUGCUCUGAACCAGAGCAAGCCUCUCCCCCUCCACUACUACUCCCUUACCCGUCUUUACCCCCCUGUUCUGCCUCCAUUUCAGCCAGGCCAUGUGGACGCAUGGUCAGUACCCUCGGCCCCAAACUCAGUCAACCACCUGCCUUCAUUUCUUUCUCUUCACCUUUGUGGAGCGAGUGUCAUCAGUUGGCAAGGCAAACCUACAUGUCCAGGUCAUGCGUACUUAAAGAUUUUAUGUACGACGUAAGGAAAUUUGUUUUUUAAAAGUAGACUACAGUUAUUUGGACGAGUAUGGAAGGAAUGGUUGUUGGACUUCAAGAGGGUUGGUUUUUGUUGGGUGGGUCCUGAAAUAUCAUGGCUAUCUUCCCUUGAAUGCGUUCAACUGCCAUCUACGGACAACAAUUUUUGUUCCUUAAAUUACAGGAAGCAUUGGGCGUUUUGAACAAUUUACAAAGCCUGUUUGUAAGGAUCCUCCUUUUUGUAGAAGUGAUUUGUUAUUUUAAUUUUAAUUUUUUUUUACUUUGUAAUAUAGCUGUAUGAGUUUUCUUUUGGAUUGCAUACUUUCUUUUUGUUUACGUUUGUUUACGUUGUUUAAAUGUAAGAACUCUCAUUUUAGAUGCCAGGAACAAACUUUAAGUGUAUCUCUUUUUCCAUCCCAAACGUAGUGAUCUCUUUUUUUUGAUGAUGACAAAAGCAUGAAGUGCCAGUUGCUAAGGGGUGAAAGUAGUAAACGCCAACACUCCUAAUAUGGCUAGAACAUCCACAAACUAUUUUGGAAGUACAGGUCAUUUGGAGAUAGUCUGUAUAAAUCAUUUAAACCAGUUACUACUUCAUACUCACUAUUAAAGGAAAAUGGAUAUGUCAAAGUAUUGGCAAGCCUUGUCACGCAAACAUUUAGAAGUACAAACUCUGAUAUUGUUGAAAAAGGAACAAUAUAUUAUGUUUUUCAUACAAGUUUCAUUUUAUAGCAAUCCCUUUCAGCUUGGCAGGUCUUUGACUUUGGUUAGUGGUUACUCACCAGGGCUGAAAACUUCACUGUGAUUGUCACUGCAUGCGUGGCUUUCCAAGAGAACCUUUUACAGAUUAAGAUUGACAUGGGAGGGAAGUGUUUCAGUACAUAUAAAAAUAUAAAGUCAUGUUUUUGACCCUUUUCCUCUGUUUCUGUUAGUGAUGGGCAUCCCUGAAUUUGUCAAACAACUGAGUCCACUUUGAUUUACUGAGCCCUAUUACCAGUUUCUAUAAUUGAAUGGAUGAGUGUUUCCAGACCUGUUAUCUUCCGUAUAAACCAUUGACGAUUUAGACACAAUACUCAUGUAGAAUAGAGUACCAUGUCCUUUCUUUUCUAUUUUUUAUUUGCAACGUUCUGAACUUUGUUUUCUACUAAAUAGGGCAGAGAUACAUUUUGUUUUCAUAUCGAAAAUCUGAAAUUGACAUGUUCAGUAUGUACCUGGCCAGUUGAUGUUAUAGUGAUCAACUAAACAGUAUUUUCCCCUGCAGAGUGAUACUGGAUUGCAACAGUAUUUUCUCAGUUUGGCCCAUUUGUCUUUAAUAAUAACCAUCCUCCAGAUUAGGGUUUAAACUGCCAUAGUUUUUUCUGUCUCACAGAAGACAAAUUGUUUUGGGAUUUAUUACCAAAAAAAAUUGUCUGAAAAACUGAACAUUGAUGUUAUUUGUGUUAAUUUUUGUUAAUAUUAAACAGAGAAUGUUGAGUACAGUAUCCUUAACUUCCCUUGUCAAAACGCACAACUAGUAUUUUGCCAGGGGGUCUCAUGGUCUGCCAAUCUCUGCCCCCAUCAACAGACAGACACACUGCUACAAAACCCACUGUCGCUCUUACAUUGGGGACAGAAUCCAUUUAUGUCCUCAAAGUGCCUCCAGUUUCCUAUUUUUUAUAUAUAUAAAGUAGAUAUUGAGAACUGUCAUGUAUAUAACAGUAAUGUAGCAAUAAAUGUGCCAUUUUUAAUAACAGAAAUAUACCUUUUCAAUGUCUGUCAUUUUGAGCUUGUAUACCUAAAAUGAGAAGAAAAAAAACAUUGUAAUAAAGG